CCGGUGUUUCCGCGUUGCCUAGAAACCACAUAGCAUGCGCUUUGCAUUUUUCACAUUCUUGAGCGACUCAUACUAAUCUUUAUUAUUAUUAUUAUUUUAUUUUUGCAUGCAUGUGUUUCUUACAGUGGUCUAGGACGGUAACGUGUUGCUGGUUAUUUUGAAGUCUCCCUCACCUCAUAAAUGUAGCAUUUUACUUACAUAUUUACCUGGAAUCAGAGAAACAAGUUUCUUGAACCGUGGAAGCGAGGAACGAAUCAUUGAUCAGAUAACCCUGCAGCGUUAAAGCUGAAAUUUACAAGAUGACCAGUGAAAAAGCUUUCAGCACAGGAUUAACAUAUACAAAAAGUCCAAAGGUCUCAAAAAGAACAACUUUUCAGGAUGAACUGCAAGAAGCAAUUUCUGCACGAAAAACCAAAUGGAAAGAGGCAGCACUCAAUAAGUACUCUGACGCUGAAGAUGAUUUUGAAGACAGUGAUGACGAUGAUUUUCUGAAAAAACUUUUGGCAUCAAGGAAGGAGCAAAAAUCUAAAGAAAAAAAGAACUCAACAUUUUUCCCUUUGUCUGAUGAUGAGAGUGAAAAACCCAAAAAAGUAUCCUUCUUAAAAAGUGACAGAAAAAUUCAUGCCACAGCGAAUGAUGAUACCGAUGAGCGUGAUUUGAAAACUAUGUUGAACAUUAAUGCAGAAUCAGGCAAGAGCCUAGUAAAUGGUCUGAGGUUUUCAUCUACAGUCCAGAAACCUGAAGCAAAAAGCAAAAGGGAAGAUGAAGAUAAAAUGCAACCUACCCCAAAACCACGACCUAGAAGCACCCCAUCUCCAGAUGACAGAAACUUUAGUCCUGCAUCUAAUGAACAUCCGAAGCCAAUGCCAUGCCAAAGGAGUUUGCUAAGGAGCAGCAAUGAAGAGGAAGAUGAAAGAGCAUCCAGCAGUAGGCCUUCAUCACUGUUUUCCCGAAGUUUAUCUACUACUGAAAUAAACAGAAGAUCUCCUUUUUCCGAGAGAACAUAUUCAAAGAGCCCUAGUCCAGAGAGGUCAGGAUCUACAAGCCCUACAGCAAAACCAAGAGCAAGACUUGAAAGAGCUGCUUCUUCAUUUUUCGCAGAAAGAUUAACAUAUUCUUUGGAGAACAGAUCAAAAGAAAGCUCUCCUACAAGGGAUCAGGAAUAUUUGUUUUCAGGUGCUGAUGUCAAGAAAACACCCAGCCUUAUGGACUUGAUGACAGCUACUGGAAAUGAGAAUCCUGCUGUGUUAGACCAGAGACAGUUACUGACUGACUAUAGUCCUGAUGUCAAGAAAUCAUGCACACCCACAGAGCUUUUGAUGGCUGCUAGAAAUGAGAACCUUGGACAAAUGAAGAAAUCAGUAGAAGGUCACAGUAAUGAAAACUACACGUUUCCCGGAUCACAAAAUCUUACACAACGCCACAAUCAGAUUAUCAAUCAGAUGAUAAAAGAUGCAACUGUGAAUAAUACUUUUACUUACAAGAAUAUGGUUGAAGAAAAGAAUAUGAAAAACCAGGAAAUAAGCUCAAGAACUGAGAAGUCAACAAAAAAACGGCCUCCAAGCAGUCUUACAGAAACAUUUAAAAAAUCCACUACAAGAAGUCCACGUCCGAAUUCAGCUCAGUCUCGUUAUAUGGGUACUCUGAAAAUAUUAGACACCAAGUUACCACAUGACACUGUAUCUAAUCUUGAAACUGCUGAUGCUAUACGGAUUUCUAUCUAUCAGGACUGGUUACAGAAGAAGAAGCAUGUGUUAGAAGAACAACAGAAAGAGAUUCAAUUAAAAGAACAGACAGAAAAAGAAAAAAAAAUGGAGGAAGAAAUAAAUAAGAAAGAAGAAGCAACUGCAUCCUUUAAAGCAUGGAAAUUAACAAAGAAAAAGACAUUGAUAGAAGCACAAGAGAAAAAGACAGAGGAAGAAAUGAAGAAAGAGAGAACUGCUCGAGAAAAAGAAGAGAAAAAAGAAAUUGCUAAAAUGGCGUUUGAAAAAUGGAAAGAAGGAAAAGAUCAGUAUCUACAAAAUGAAUUUAAAAAGAAAAAGCAAGCUGAGCUAGAACAAAAAAGAAAAAAGGAAGAGGAAAAGUUGGAUAAGAAGAAAGAAAGUGCUGCUGCAUUUAAGUCUUGUAUCAUUAAGAAUGUCAUGUAUUUUAGAUACGUAAUCAAUAUGACUCAUAAUAACAAUGCCUCCACCCUUGUCCGGCUUUAUAAGUCUCAAUUCCUUGUUGUUAGCCAGAUUAAUCAGGAUCGUGUUCCACCAAGUGAUAGGGGAGGUGAUGACAAACGUAUGGUUGAAAAUAAAGAACUUAGGUGGCAGCUUAGGCUUAAUGCCACAUAUCCACCAGGUUUAAAUGAGGGUAUCUCAUUUAUGCCAGUAUUGAAACAAAGGGCUAAUGUUGUUUAA